AUGAGAGAGAUAGGGGUCAUCCCCGAGUGGACGAGCAGAAGGAGAUUCCCGGAUGACAGGCCUGGGGCAAAACUCUUCAGACUGGCGCUUUCAACCUUCGAAAGUCUGAGAGAUGAAAGAGUGGAUUUCGCCGGAUCUAUAGAACUCUCUAGUGAAGAGCCAUCCCUAUCAGUAGUGAUUGAUUCCCCUUGGGAUCUGAAAAGUCCAUUUUCUAUUAGCCGAGGUGAGCCAUAUUCUCUAAAUACCAGAGAGCCGGAGUGGACUGCUUUCGAACGACAGGCUGAUGAAAAGAAGCCUAAGUGUGUGCUGAAUGGGAGGAAUGCCAAGGUUAACCCACUUGCUUCACUAACAGAGAAAAGGAGCCUGGUGACUCAGCUAGUGGUGGAUCCUUUGAGGAGGUUCCAUUCCUCUAGUCUCUAUGAAGGACUUGGGCUUGCAAGGGAAGAAGGGUGUGUGCUACACUUUCCUUGUGAUCAGCACACAAAAGCACACCCAAGAAAUCGACUGAAGUUUCUUCUUCUGCUUUUCCUAGUGAAGCAAUGCUUCUUCCUUCUCGGUACUCAUCUGCUUGACUCUUAUCAGUACACUUUUAUACGUGAGCACGCAUGGCAUGCAAUAAAAGGAGUUCUCCUCCUAGCGCAGCAACCUCUCACUCUUUUCAGUUUAGAAUUCAUACGCUUCUCCGUAGCACAUCCCUCUGUGCUCUACCCUUCUGGGUUUAAUCCAGCACACAGCUUGACUUCUUUGUUUAAGGUUGGAUUGGGGUUUGCACACACCUCUACUAAGCCUCUAAGCUUAGGCAAAUGUCCUAGUUGA